UUGCGGCCACACGGUGCCGGCGCGGGGGCGAGUUGAACCGGGAUGGCUCACCUCCGCCAGGGGUGGAACUCCGCCGUCUCCAGCUCGGACCUCCGGACCCCCCUUUUAGCCGCGCCCUCGGUCCCUAACAGGUGGCUCGGUGCUCCCCUUCGGCGCCUUGCUCCUCCUUGUUGCCGGCUAACAGGUGGCCGUGCUGCCUCACCUGCCCCUGGGCUCUGGCAGUGGUCCGCGGCUGUCACCUUUAUUCCCCCUCGGCUACUCGCAGGGCUGUGUUGCAGCAUGAAGUGUGGUUAAGCGGGCAUGGGGAACCAGGUGGAGAAGCUGACCCAUCUGAACUACAAGGAAGUUCCCACGGCUGACCCGACUGGCAUGGACAGAGAUGAAGGGCCCAGGAUCGGGGUCUCCUACAUUUUUUCCAAUGACGACGAUGAGCUGGAGCAGCAGCAGGACUCGGGACAUGACCUCGGGGGUGAGCACCCUGCCCUGCAGCCCUACGAUCCCCAGCUGCAUGAGGUGGAGUGCUCUGUUUAUUACCGGGAUGAAUGCAUCUACCAGAAGAGCUUUUCUGAGGAGGAUGUGCUGCCGGAGGAGGGUGAGGAAGGAGGCAGGGGACACCUGAGCACCUACACCCCAGAGAACCUGCUGAACCGCUGCAAACCAGGUGACCUGGUGGAGUUUGUGUGCCAGGCCCAGUACCCACAUUGGGUGGUCUACGUGGGGGAUUUUCAGGUUGUGCACCUGCACAGGCUGGAGGUGGUGAACAGCUUCCUCACCGAUGCCAGCCAGGGCAGGCGGGGCCGUAUUGCCAACCAGCUGUACCGCUACAAACCCCUCAGCCCUGCCACGGUGGUACGUAACGCCCUGGAGCAGGUGGGCUGUAAGGACCGGGACCUGAGCUGGAGAAACUCAGAGUGUUUUGCUGCCUGGUGCCGCUACGGCAAGAGGGAGUUUAAAAUCGGCGGGGAGCUGCGCAUCGGCAAGCAGCCCUACCGCCUGCAGAUCCGGCUGGGCGACAAGCGCAGCCACACGCUGGAGUUUCAGAGCCUGGAGGAUCUGAUCAUGGAGAAGAGGAGAAAUGACCAGAUCGGUAGGGCUGCCGUCAUCCAGGAGCUCUCCAGCCACCUGCAGGCUGCAGAGGAGGAGGACGACGAGGAGGAGGAAGAUCAUCCCCACCAUCCAGGUGCCCGGACUGCUGUGGAGUAGUGCCUCAGCACCGCCAUGCUACUCGGGCUGGGUGAUGGGGAUUAAAACGGAAGGCUGCGAAAUUGAGCUGUUAUAAACCCUUUGGGCGGCUUCAGUGCAGCUUCAUUCCGAUCACAUGUGAAAGGAAGGGGGAAAGCUGAUUAAGUGUCUGUGCUUUAGUGCUUAACUCCUUCAGUGCUCGAUGAUUAAAAAAAAAACAAAACACUGACUUAUUGUAGAGGAUAAAACUCAGGGCAACUCUACCCUUCUCUGCUCCCACCUCUUUCCCUUCCUCUGUGCCAGCCCUUCCCUCCACCAUCUGCCAGUAGGCCUGACCCUAUGGGAUGCUAAAUGCCUUUGACAUCUACUUAUCGGCAGAAGUUAGGAGUACUUAAUACUAUUAAGGAGCCAACAGCUUCAGGACAUGGCCAUGUUUAUUUGAGUGUAUGAUCAGUCGGUAGCCAGAAAGUGUGAUAUGUUGCUGUCAUUUCUCUGCCUGUUUCUCUUCAGUUGUGGCUCAGUUGGUCUUGCAACAGGCUGCUUGCUCGCUUGUGUGGUGCUAGGCUUUAUGGAUGGGCGGCCAGCUCCCCAAGAGGUGCAAGGGAGAAAUCAGUGCUGACUUCAGUGAGAUGUUUUUGUGUUCGGUGCUUUCUUAAUUAAUAGAAAUGUGCAGGUAAGCUGGGGGAGCUCUGCCUCUGCUAGCAGCACGUGGUUUGAUUGGGGAGAGAGGAGCUGUUAUUGCUGACUGGUCCCAGUGAGGAGGAAGCUUGCAACCCUGAUUGCAGAGUCUGCGCAUUGGUGCGUGCUUGGGCUCUUAUAGGCAGAUACUGAGCUGUGCUGGAGCUUGUUACAGGCUUCCCCUAAAGCAGACAGCAGAGAUCCCGAUGACAUCUGUGGAGAGCAUAGAGGCCAUAGAAGUAGGUUGUUUGUGUGUACCAGCACAUCUUCACUAAGCUACACCUCAAGAAGGGUGGUCUCAUGAUUGGGAGUGUGGCAGAGGUCCUGCACAGCAGCACUCCCUCCCUGCGAUGGGAAAGGAGUGCAGGAUGGAAGGCAGGGGCGUUAGUUCUAUUUUCCCUCCUUUAUCACAAAGCAAUUUCUUCUUUAGAGACUUUGUGUUUCCUUAUUUUCUACUAAUUUUUCUGUUGUGCAGCUGAAAUAUAACAUCGGAAAAGAGGAUUUGAAUUGGGAGUUGUUAUGUAGGUCCCCUAUUAAGUGGGUUGGGGGGUGCAGCGCUGCCUUCCUUGAAUGUUCCCUGAAUUCUGCUUUCAGCUGUUGAACUGUUCUCCCACGUGGGCGCCAUCAGAUCAUUGUCCUGAGAUCUUAAGUGUGCAAGCAAACAGAUUUGGACGCCUGCUUAUAAUACAAAAUUCCUUCCCUUUAAAAGCACAAUAGUGAAGAGGUGAACCUGAAGAUAAGCUUGAGCUCAUUUAAAUAACAGCAGUUCACGUUGUGCUGUAAACUUGGAAGCAUUGUUACUGCUGUCUUCCCUGCGGUUGUUUAUGGUUAUACCACAAAUAGAAAAGUACUCCAUGUCCUUUAUGCCCCUUGGGAGCAAAGACUGUCGAUUAGGAAGUUGAUAGCAAUUUUUGAUUAGUUAGAACUACAUAAAGCAACUUUGACAGUAUGGUUUAAACAAGUCUGAGUUGUUUUCUUCCUAAGAUACACAACCUGGAGGGGAACAAAGCAGUGAUAAACUCUUUCAGCCUUGCUUCCAGAGGAAAUGUGGCUUUAAGGUUAUGCAAAUACACCAUACAGUGUUUUCUUAAUGACUCUGUGUUCUCAUUUUGGGCUGCAAAAUGCUCAAAUCCAAAAGAGAAUUUAACACCCAGCUCUGUUAGAACGCUGUAGCUCAGGUGACUGCACUGAUGGUUUUCUUCAAUAUGCAGUUGAGUCAUACUCAUGUUGGUGUGGCUGUCAAGCAAAUGUGCAACCUUGCUUUAAAAGUAUGGCAACAACCCAUAUCUGACUGCAGUAGGGUUUGUUUGUGGAGGGCUGCACGCAGCUUCCAUGUGAUGAAAUGCUGAAAGCUAAAAUGAUGAUGAAAAAAGUCCAAAAGAGAACAGAGAGUCUGUGCUGUACCGACUGGUAUGAGACAGCUGAGGUUAUCUAGACCACAAGUAAAUGUCUGCCUCCUGUUGUUUCUUUCAUACUGACCCUUGUACAUAACAAAGUUUAUUUCUCUGUGUAAUAUAUGUAUGUAAAAUAAUAUUUUCUUACAGAUAUUUUUUGAAAGUUAAAAGAAAGAAAAAAUAUCCAUCAAAACCUUGCAUUUGAAAGUAAGUUGUUAUGCACAUUAUUUUCCAGUCCUCUGAAUGGGUUUAUUUUUCAUUAAUGAUCUAAAGUAUAUUCUAGGUCAUAAAGUAUAGAAACUGCUAUAAAUGUCAGAUAUUAUGUAUCUACAGGGUACUAAACAGUAAACUAGUUGUGAAAAUAUUUUUCCCUUGUGUCUGAAACAUCAGAACUCUGACACACAGCCAUUUCUCUCCUUCUGAGAUAACCCUGCGUGGUCUGGCUUUGUUUUCUGUGUUUUUUUUUUUCUUUUCCAUUUUUCCCCCCUUUGUUUAAUUAGAAUAAAAUGGACCAAAUCUGUUUGAGAACAAAGAGCAAAGCUUCUUUGACCAAAAUCAUGUCUUGUGCUGAUCUUGGUGCUUCCCUGUACCGGUCAUGCCUCUUGGGAUCAAUUCCUGUGCAGGCAUAAGGGCCUUAACAAAGAAUCCCAGAGCUUGCACAGCCCUCUAGAAUGGAGAGCUGAGCAGAGGGCUUUGCUUACAGCAAAGCAGCCUGGCAUGCAGUCAGCUGUGUUACAAAACCUGUCUGCCCCUCUGGCACCUGCAGUUCAGGUGUUCAGUGCUUAAAAUAGUGUGAAAAUGGGUUUUCAUUGUUCCUGUUGUUUUUUAAGGGUGGUUUUGUUGUUUUUCUUUUCCUAUGUCCUCAUAGGGAUUUCUUACCCCAACAGCUAAUGACUGUUGAAUCUUUAACAGGUGGGUCUUUUUUUUCCCCCCUACCUGUUGAUUAGGCAGUGUUAUUCAAUAGGUGCUAUGAACACCACUGCAAACAUUUCUAAGCAGGCUGGUUUUUUAAAGCCAUGGCUCAUAAUGUGCAGACUAGAAUUGCUGUAAGAGCACAUCACAGCUGCUUAGCUUCUUGUUUUUGUUUUACUGUAAUUGUUUACUUUCUGCAGACUACACUGGGAUUUCUACAGUUCGGUUGGGUUUUUUUGUUGUUGUUGUUUUAAUCAAAGAAUCUCUUGGGGAAAACAGUCAUCUUUUUGUGUGUUUGUGUGUAGUUCAAGACUUCUCUGUUGCUCAAAAAAAAGAGAAAGGGAGAGAAUAGAUGGAAGUGAUGUUCUCUGAGCUCAUUCUUUAAGGUAGAGAAGUGAAGGUGCGAUCCUUCUGCAGAGCUUCUGGUUCAGCCCAAGGCCUGUGCUGAAGUUUGAAGUUGAGCCACUUGGAAAAAAAUCCUCAAAACUCAUGUGUUUGAAGUUAAGUGUCUGUUAGCGUUUCUGUCUGAAUAAGGCUGGAAUCUUGAUAUGAGAUCUCUGGUGGGAGCGCGGAGGAUCUGAUAUUGCCUGUUCAUGGGGAGGGCACAAGAAGCACUGUGGAAGCUCUUGUCUCAAAGUGCCCUUGUCCAAACAAAGCAGAUGGAAUCCAACCCAAAGUCUGGCCUCAGUUUUCAUGCUGAAAAUCCAUGACUGACUCAGCAAGUGGUGAGGCAGACACAUUACACAGCAGUUACAUGCUAAGCUGACAGUCAUACUGCGGACUGCUUCCUGGUGUCUUUGUCUUGUUGUGCUUGAACUUCCCUUGAGUUUUUAAUAUUAUUGGCUUUAAAAGCCCUUUGGUUGUGCAAACACUCAUGCAUCUGUAUGAAUUUACUCAUUUGGAUGUAUGCACUGUUACUGAUGGGAAGACUACUGUGGAUGUCAUUCUGCAUGUGGUAAGGCUGGCAAGACAAAGCCUCAGAUGUGCAAAAGUAGUUCCAGAUAAGAAAUGGAGAUGAGCAGUCUUACUUCCCCAGAGUAUUGGUAAGUUUGAUGCAAAUGAUACCACAGAAGCGGCUUUAUAAUGAAGCCUACAAUUAUUCCUUGACUGAGUAGUUUUUUAAAACACAGUUCAGAUGCUUACCUUCCAUGAUAGUCUUGCUUAUAUCUUUGUUCACUAUUUCAAGUUUCCAUGAUUGUGUGAGUAUGAAGUAUUGAUUACAGCUCUUUGUAGCUCAGCUGGACAACACAGUAGACAGUUGUAGGGUAGAUGGGAAGGGGAAGAAAAAACAACACCACAAUACCAGAAGCUACUUCAAAAACUAGCUUUUGCUCAGAAAAGUAUAUCCUUCAGACCGAAGGACUAUGGAAGUAAAUGUUAAUUGUUUUGUAUAAAUGCAGCUGUAGGCACACUUCUACCAUUUUGUUCUUUUAAAUUCAAUAUUUCACUCCAAGUACCAAAAAGGUGUUCUGGGUGGAAUAUAUUUCAGAUUUUGACUGUAACAGCAGAUUUCUUUUUCUUUCUUUUUCCCUUUGGGUCUCACCAAAGGGUGUGUGAGGCCUGUUGAGUCAUUUGCCACCUGUGCUUUCCUGACAAUUAACCACAUCAACUGCAAUUCCAACAGCCAUUUAGGAACAAAUACUUUUUUUUUGAAAGUGAACCUUAUACAACUGGUCAGAGAUGAGUAACUAAAAGUAGGAAAUGCGUUGUUUCCAGCAGCAGUUUCUUUGUGAGAAAGAUACUGUUAUUUAUGUGUUGACUUGGCUACUCUAUAAAGUAACUUGUGGUGAUGAGGCAAGGUUUAUUGUAUCAUGGACUUAGAUUCUGCAGAUCAGACUCUUAUUUUUAACUGUGGAUAAGAAGAAAUCAGAGUAGCUUCUUCAAACAUCAGUGGUUUAUGUGGUUCUUUUGCAUUAUUGUUGAAUUAGAAGCUUUCUUUCAAUGCACACCUGAAAUUCCUGAUAUUGUAAUACUUCAUGGAAUCAUCUACAAUAGCCAGUGUAAUCAUAAAAUAUGAUUUAUUUUUUUUUAACUCCAAGAGCAUUUUCUGUAAGCUGUCUUUUGUCGAUGAAUGUUAAUUGUUAGUGCUAAUAUCUCUUCUUUUCCUGAGAAAGAAGUACAGAUCAUUGAUUGUACCGUUUCCUUCAAAAUGAAGGGCAUUGCAUAGUAACUAAAAAGAAAUAAAAGAUUUAUAGUAUCUUUUA